UCUUGUCUCAACAGAUAAAGCUGGUGUUUGCUUUAACACUCCCAGCAGUCAUAGGUGUGUUUUCAUGCUGCUGAAUCCUGAGUCUGGCUGGGGGAUGCUGGUAGUUCAGGCAGCAGAGGAGUCAGUCAUGGGACGACAGCCAGGCUGGACCAAGCCAGGUCCGUGUUGGCGCUCUGUUCAGUGUCUGACGUGGUCCUUUCAGCAUUUUGCUGACGCAGUAUACUCCAUUCAUAAUCGAACGGCCUGGAGGCUCUCCCUCUCCCUGUAUAUGCACACACAGGCCAUCCGGGUACUUUUUGGGGGUACAGCUAACUGGCAAGCAAACCUGCAGUCUGCCUUUUAUAAAUUACUGGCAUUGUUUGAGAAAGACAAGCAUGCAACAACUGGGUCAUGACUUGCCUCGGUGCCGCAGUUCUGUAACUCUCCCACGAUGAUUGUGAUGGUGGGGUUGCCAGCCAGAGGGAAGACGUACAUCUCCAAGAAGCUCACUCGCUACCUGAACUGGAUCGGAGUGCCUACAAAAAUGUUCAACGUGGGCCAGUACCGCAGGGAGGCUGUCAAGAUCUAUAAGAACUUUGAGUUCUUUAAACCAGACAAUGAGGAGGCCAUGAGGAUCCGCAAGGCCUGUGCAGCAGCCGCCCUCAAAGACGUCGCUGCCUACUUCUCAAAGGAACAGGGACAAGUAGCCGUAUUCGAUGCUACCAACACCACCAGGGAGAGGAGGACAGUCAUUUUGAGUUAUGCAAAGGAGAGAGGCUACAAAGUGUUCUUUGUGGAAUCAAUCUGUGAUGACCCAGAAAUCAUUGCAGAGAAUAUUAAGCAAGUAAAAUUUGGGAGUCCAGAUUACGUGGAUCGUAACGUAGAUGAGGCUAUGGAAGACUUUGUCCAGCGCAUUGACUGUUACAGGGCCAGCUACAUGCCUAUAGACGAUGAGAAGGACAGGAAGCUCUCCUACAUCAAGAUCUUCGACGUGGGCAGUAGAUACCUGGUGAACCGGGUGCAGGACCACAUUCAAAGCAGGAUAGUCUACUACCUGAUGAACAUCCACGUCACACCGAGAUCCAUCUACCUGAGCCGCCACGGAGAGAGCGAACUCAACCUGUCAGGUCGCAUCGGGGGAGACUCAGGCCUCUCCCCUCGAGGACAGAAGUAUGCCAAUGCGUUGGCGGCCUUCAUCCAUGGUCAGAACAUCAGAGAGCUGAAGGUGUGGACGAGCCACAUGAAGCGGACCAUCCAGACUGCAGAGGCUCUGGGAGUCCAGUAUGAACAGUGGAAGGCCCUCAACGAGAUAGACGCCGGUGUAUGUGAGGAGCUAACCUAUGAGGAGAUUCAGCAGAAUUUACCACAAGAGUUUGCACUAAGAGACCAGGACAAGUAUCGUUAUCGUUACCCCAAGGGUGAGUCCUAUGAGGACCUUGUCCAUCGUCUAGAGCCGGUGAUAAUGGAGCUGGAGAGGCAGGAAAACGUUCUGGUUAUCUGCCACCAAGCUGUUUUUCGCUGCCUGCUGGCCUACUUCCUGGACAAACCUGCAGAUGAGCUGCCUUAUCUCAGAUGCCCCCUCCACACAGUGCUCAAACUCACACCAAUAGCUUAUGGCUGUAAAGUUGAGUCGUUUUUCCUCAAUAUUGAAGCAGUCAAUACACACCGAGAGAGGCCAGUGUCUUUGCUGUCGUUGCAGAAUGUCGACGUCAACAGAAACCCUGAGGAUGCUCUGCAGACUGUUCCUGACCACAUAUAAAUGCUGGUUUUAUGAGAGAAAGGUCACAAUCAUGUAAAGCGGGAUGUGUUGCUACUUGUUAGCUUCACUAAAUGUUAGAGAUGCACUCCAGUUAAAGGUUGAUUGUGUGAAAGCAGAAAGACGAUGGGGCUUUGAGGCAGGGGAAGACUAGAUGGUAGAAAUGGGACAAGGUUGUGGAAACAUUACUCCAGAAGCACACGAACUCCUGCUGCACAGGACAGGACAUGGCUCAUACAGGAGCUUCUGUUUGCAACAUGACUGUGAAAUGUUGUCUUAUCUGACUACAGUUUAAAAGUUGUUUACAAAUGAUACAGAGAGAAAAAAGAAUGCAUAAUAUUCAGGGAUCCCGCGGGGUCUUAGAAGUUUAAAAAAACGUCUUGGCAUUAAAUUUCAUCCUAUGUGGUAUUGAAAAUGUCUUUAAAAGUCUUACAUUUAACGUGGAGAACCCUGGGGGUACCCUGACAUUAUUUUGAGGUUAAGAGGAAAUUAUGUAAAAAAACAAAAGAUUAUGUAGGGAGGUUGUUAGUGUAACUGCUGCCCAGAUAAUAUGUUGUUGAUAAUCUAAGUAUAAACAUGCGAACCAGUACCAUGGACAGCACCCAAACAAAGAAAACAUGUUGUAGAUUUUGACUGUAACGUUUGAAAUGUAGAUAAGACGCCAAACUUUAGGUGGGUUUGAAUGAAAUAAUGUAAAUAAAUAAAUAAAUAAAGGAAACAGA